GCUCAUCAUCCUAGAGAGAGAGAGAGAGAGAGAGAGAGAGUUCUAGAGGGAGAAACUAUCCGGUUCGAGUGUCAGCUUCGUCGUUUUCCUCCUCAGCACAUGAACCCUAAUUGACGGAACCCUAGAAAAUCAGAGCGAGAGAGAGAGAGAGAGAGAGAGAGAAUGGUGGGGCCAACGCUGGUGGGUCUUCAAGACCACCUGAAGCUGGCGAGGGAGUACGCAAUGGAAGGGCUCUACGACACCUCCCUGAUCUUCUUUGACGGCGGAAUUGCUCAGAUCAACAAGCACCUAAGCACACUCGAUGAUCCAUUGAUUCGUGCGAAAUGGAUGAAUGUAAAGAAAGCACUUUCUGAGGAAGCAGAGGUUGUGAAGCAAUUAGAUGCAGAGAGAAGUGCAUUUAAGGAUAUUCCCGUGGGCCGGCGCCCUUCGUCACCUCCAGUUCAUGCUAAGUCGUCAUUUGUUUUUCAACCCUUAGAUGAAUACCCAACUUCUUCUGGUUUUCCCAUAGAUGAUCCUGAUGUGUGGAGGCCACCAAGUCGGGACACUUCGGGUAGAAGACCUGGAAAGGCUGGCCAAGGUGGUACGAGGAAGUCACCACAAGAUGCAACUUGGGCUCGUAGCUCUGCAACCAAAACAGGCACACCUGGCCGUGGUGCAAAGGCUGGUGGAUCAAGUAGGACUAACUCAGGGGCUCGAACUUCUACUACUGGAAAGAAAGGCACUGGUUCUGGCAAAUCUAGCAAGGCAGAUUCAGCGAAUGGUGAUGCUGAAGAUGGAAAGUUGAAGAGGUCACAGUAUGAGGGACCUGAUCCGGAUUUGGCUGAAAUGCUUGAGAGGGAUGUACUGGAAACCAGUCCUGGAGUGAGAUGGGAUGAUGUUGCUGGUUUACAAGAAGCAAAGAGACUUUUAGAGGAAGCCGUUGUGCUUCCUUUGUUAAUGCCGGAAUAUUUUCAGGGAAUUAGGAGGCCAUGGAAGGGUGUUCUAAUGUUUGGUCCUCCUGGCACUGGGAAGACGUUACUUGCUAAAGCUGUUGCUACUGAGUGUGGCACAACUUUUUUCAACGUCUCCUCUGCUACUUUAGCUUCAAAAUGGCGUGGAGAGAGUGAACGUAUGGUACGGUGCUUAUUUGAUCUUGCAAGAGCUUAUGCGCCAAGUACCAUCUUCAUCGAUGAAAUUGAUUCGCUCUGCAAUUCCCGGGGGGCAUCAGGGGAGCAUGAGUCAUCCAGAAGGGUGAAAUCUGAACUUCUAGUUCAGGUAGAUGGGGUCAACAAUACUGGUACUAAUGAAGAUGGUACUCGUAAAGUAGUGAUGGUUUUGGCAGCUACUAACUUCCCAUGGGACAUAGAUGAGGCACUCAGGAGGAGGCUGGAGAAACGUAUAUAUAUUCCCCUUCCAAAUUUUGAGAGCCGUAAAGCACUUAUUCGGAUAAAUAUGAAAACUGUCGAGGUGGCCCCUGACGUAGAUAUGGAUGCUGUGGCUCGUCGAACAGAGGGAUAUAGUGGUGAUGAUCUCACAAACGUUUGCAGGGAUGCUUCCUUGAAUGGGAUGAGGCGCAAAAUAGCUGGAAAGACACGUGAUGAGAUUAAGAGCAUGUCCAAGGAUGAUAUUUCAAAGGAUCCUGUUGCCAUGUGUGACUUCGAAGAAGCCUUGGCGAAGGUCCAACGGAGUGUUUCUCAAGCUGAUAUUGAACGGCAUGAGAAAUGGUUUCACGAAUUUGGAUCAGCAUAAAGUUUAUCAGCUCAUAUUGGAUUGUUGCAGUGCAUGGUCGAGUUUCCGAGUGAUUGUCUUGUUGUCCUUGAUAUUCCCAUUUGAGUUUAGGCAGAAAUUAGUUGGUGUACCCCAAAGUGUUGGAAGAGUGUCUCAUAGUGUUGUGCUAUUUUGCAUCUGUAACCGUGUAUGUGUAUAGAAUCUGCUUUUCGCAGAGCUUAUUUUAAUUUUUAUCCAUACUAAUACACUCCAAAUUUCAUUCAGUGAUUUAUAACUAGACAUUCAGUGAAAA